UUGCAUAAUUCGGCAAGAUGGCCGCAUCCAUGAGACUCCUGUUUAGGAGGGUGAUCCGUCUUUCCCACAGAAAUGUUAAUGUCACUGCUGCUGGAGCUUCAGGUCGGUCCGGUUGCUGCUGGGAGCCGCCGACCUGUCGGUGUUUUAGCGAUGCCGCCGGAGACAGAAAUACGCACUUUGGUUUUGAAACGGUGCCGGAGACAGAGAAGGCAAAGAGAGUGUAUAAGGUGUUUGAGAAUGUGGCGCAGAAGUAUGACACCAUGAACGAUGCCAUGAGUCUGGGGGUUCAUCGACUGUGGAAAGACAUGCUGCUGCACGUCAUGCACCCACAGCCCGGGGUGCGACUCCUGGACGUGGCAGGUGGAACAGGUGACAUAGCUUUCCGUUUUCUGGAGUACAUUCGUUUUCAGCAAGAGAGGCAGAAGCGGCGGGCGGCGCGGUCCAUGCAGACACCAUCGUGGCAGGACAUUUCCAACAACUACUCGACAGAAGACGAGGACGUGCCCCAGGAAUCCAGAGCUGUGGUCUGUGACAUCAACAAGGAGAUGCUAAGAGUAGGAAAGCAGAAAGCUGAUGGUCUGGGCAUCAGUGCUGGUCUGUCCUGGGUGGUGGGGGAUGCAGAGGAGCUGCCCUUUGAUGAUGACCAGUUUGAUAUUUACACCAUCGCCUUUGGGAUUCGAAACGUCACCCAUAUAGAUCAGGCUCUGCAGGAGGCUCUGCGCGUCCUCAAGCCCGGUGGCAGGUUUAUGUGUUUAGAGUUCAGCAAAGUGACAAAUCCUGUGCUAGCAAGGCUUUAUGAUGCGUACAGUUUCCAGAUGAUCCCAGUUUUGGGAGAGGUGAUAGCUGGAGACUGGAAGUCUUACCAGUAUCUGGUAGAAAGCAUCCGCAAGUUCCCGGACCAGGAGGAGUUUAAAGGUAUGAUUGAGGACGCAGGUUUCUACUCUGUGAAGUACUACAACCUCACCGGUGGAGUCGUGGCUCUUCACUCCGGUUUCAAGCUGUGAGAUGCACUCCUCUGUAAAUCAAAAGCAAAAAGACUGGCUCUGUGUUUCACACUUUUCUGUGUGUAUGCUAAACUGUGUAUAGAUUUCUUGGACAUUAACUCCAGAUCCUGAAGCACCAGAGCUCCUCUGUGCAGCAAUGACUGCACAGUGACAGAGAAACAUGUCAGUGGACAUGUCUAUUUUCCUGCUGAUGGUCUUGGUUCAGCAACGCUUGGACUGUACUAAAUACCUUUGUUGGUAAAGAAUGCUGCAUUGAUAACCUAAAUGUCACUUUAUUUGUGGUAUCGGUGUUAAGACUACUAGCAAGUGAGUUAAUCUGCAGCUUGUUACGAAUAUUUUUCUGUAACAUUUACAUUUUGGCAACAAAUAAAAAAUGUUUUAAAA